AUGCCUGAUCAAAUCACAUCCGCCGCCGACUGGCGCUCCACCGUCAGCAGCAAUGCCGUGGUUGUCGCUGAUUUCUACGCCGAUUGGUGCGGUCCGUGCAAGAUGAUAGCCCCCCAUUUCGAGUCUCUCGCCAACAAGUACGCCAAGCCCCGCAAGAUCGCGUUCGUCAAAGUCAACGUCGACAACCAAGGCGAGGUCGCCCAGCAAUACGGCGUGCGCGCCAUGCCCACCUUCCUGAUCUUGCACAAUGGCUCCGUCAUCAAGACUAUUCAAGGCGCCAACCCACCUGCUCUUACGUCGGCUGUUGAGGCGGCGAUCAAGCUUGCUGGACCUGGGGCGGUAGGGGGGUCGUCGUUCAGCAGUGGCGGUCAGAGAUUGGGUGGGACGCCGGUUGGGGGGCAGAGAGUCGGUUCGGGGCAGAGGGUUGCGAGGCCGAUUUCGUGGGAUAUUAGUCAGUGGGUUAAUGCCGUGCUGAGCUUUUUGGGCUUGUAUUUUGUUUCGUUGCUUUCGCUUGACCCCUACAAGUCGGCAGAAGCGUCCCGGUUUAACAAGAAGAACCCGCCGCCAGCGGCCAAGCCGGCGACUGGGCCUGGUGGGAGGCCGGCUGGACGGGCUACGUUCAAGACGUUGAAUGAUUUGGGGAGUGAGUGA